GCGGGAGAUACAGCAGCUGUAAAAAGGAGAGAAAAUCCCGGCCCAGCCUCUGCAAGCAUCAUUUCUCACAUCGGAUUUUAUCCGUUCUCGUCGCAACCAAUUUACAACGUGGUCCAGUGCUGUCCUCAGCUCUCCACUGUGCCGCCUCCUCCCAGUUCAGAGCACUUCCGUCUGUCUGGUGUAAGCAGCCAUGACUAAGUCCUAUGAGUUUAACUGGCAGAAGCACCUGCCUGGCUUCAUGCAGGAAGGAGCCUCAUUCGACAGGUUUGAUGAGGACCCGUUUCUGUUUGAGCCCAACUGUCUGGUCAAAGUGGAUGAGUUUGGCUUCUUCAUCACAUGGAAGAGCGACGGAAAGGAGGGCCAGGUUCUAGAAUGUUCUCUGAUCAACAGUAUUCGAGUUGGAGCCGUGCCACGGGACCCUAAGAUCCUGUCUUUGUUUGAGGCAGCGGGGAAGAAGGAGGAGGAGCUGGAGGGAUGUGUCAUUUGCGUUUGCAGCGGCACCGACCUCGUCAACCUGUCCUUCAUGUACAUGGUGGCUGACAGCCCAGACACUGCUAGGAAGUGGACAGAGGGUUUGAGGUCAGUGAUUCACAACUUCAGAGCCAAUAACGUCUGUCCUAUGACCUGCCUCAAGAAACAUUGGAUGAGGAUGUGCUUUCUGACCAAUGUGAAUGGCAAGAUCCCAGUGAGAACCAUCACACGGACGUUUGCAUCUGGGAAAACAGAGAAAGGAAUCUUUCAGGCUCUGAAGGAACUGGGUCUGCCUAGUGGAAAGAGCGAGGAGAUAGAAGACUCAGCCUUCCCCUUUGACAUCUUCUACGCCCUGACUCAGAAGAUCUGCCCUCGUACUGACAUCCAGGAACUCUUCAACAAAAUCAAUGGGGACAAAAGUGAUUUUUUAAACGUAGACCAGUUAGUCAGCUUUCUGAAUGAAAAUCAGCGUGACCCGCGGCUAAACGAGAUACUGUUCCCCUUCUAUGACCCGAAACGAGCCAUGCAGAUCAUCGAGAAGUACGAGAGAGACUCAGACCUCAAGAAGAAAGGCCGUAUGUCCAGUGAUGGCUUCUGCAGGUACCUGAUGUCAGAUGAGAAUGCCCCGGUGUUCCUGGACUGUCUUGAGCUGUACCAGGACAUGGAACAGCCGCUGGCUCACUACUUCAUUGCCUCCUCCCACAACACCUACCUGACCGGGAGGCAGUUUGGAGGAAAGUCCUCCGUGGAGAUGUACAGACAGGUUCUGCUCUCCGGCUGCAGGUGUGUAGAACUGGACUGCUGGGAUGGAAAAGGAGAAGACCAGGAACCUAUCAUCACUCAUGGCAAGGCCAUGUGCACUGACAUCCUCUUUAAGGAUGUGAUCUCAGCCAUCAGAGAAACAGCCUUUGUGACAUCUGAGUAUCCUGUGAUCCUGUCAUUUGAAAACCACUGCAGUAAACCCCAGCAGUACAAGAUGGCUCGGUACUGUGAGGAGAUCUUUGGAGACUACCUACUGAGGCAUCCUCUUGAGGGAUACACUGUUGAAGCGGGUCGUCCCUUGCCUUCUCCCAUCGACCUCAAACGCAAAAUCCUCAUCAAAAACAAACGCUUGAAACCCGAGGUGGAACAGAAGCAGUUAGAGUCCUUUAAGAAGCACAUGGAGGCUGGAGAGACCAACACACCAGCUAUCUUACUGGGAGCAGAGACAGAGGAAGAUGUGGAGAAUGCUCUAGUCGAUGUGAAGGAGGUGAACCCUGACUUGAAGAUCAGUACAUCAGAGGAGCCUAGUGAAGACAACAGCCUCAGCACCAGUGUCAGUGUGAAGAAAGAAGGAGAGGAGAGGGACAACAGCAUCAAAAAGGUUGUGGAGGAGGAUCCAACAGAGAUGUCUGAGGCCACAGAAGCUACAGACACCACAGACAUCUCAGAGGCUUCUGAGGAUAACAACAUCAAGAAGACUGGAGAGACGACGGAUGACGAGGAGGCUCUGAUAGCCUCGUACACGUACGUAGGAGCCACCACCAACAUCCACCCCUACCUCUCUGCCAUGGUCAACUACGCACAGCCAGUCAAGUUCCAAAGCUUCGACGUCGCAGAAGAGAGGAACAUCCACCACAACAUGUCGUCAUUUAAUGAGUCAGUGGGUUUGGGUUAUCUAAAGACCAACGCCAUCGAGUUUGUCAACUACAACAAGCGUCAGAUGAGUCGGAUCUACCCUAAAGGAGGCAGGGUGGACUCCAGUAAUUACAUGCCUCAGAUCUUCUGGAACGCAGGCUGCCAGAUGGUCUCCCUUAACUACCAGACCCCAGGUACUGGAGCAUGUUAA